AUGACCAAGAAGCUCAGACCAUCUCGAAUCACUCCAAAGAUAACCUACUGUAAGUCUGGAGGUGAUGCUAACUCUGAUAUCGUGAUCUCAUUGACAACAACAGAUGUUGCUUCCAGGAAACUACACUUGCCUCGGUCUUUGUCUCUCUCCCAAGGAAUCGUCAACACACAGUUUAAUACAGUAUCAGACAGAGAAUUAAAGAGUACAACCAAAGCCACCAUGAGUGACACUGUGGCUAGUUCAUCAAGUGAUUGGGUGCAACUCUAUGAACAAUCCAAUAUUCAUGGACCGGCAACAUCUUCCUUUGGAUUCUCAGAUGCCCGGAGUGUCGCAACGAGUGGUGCAUCUGAUAUCAUAAAUCCAAGCAGUUCAGUUACAUCAAGUACUGGUGAUCAGACGUUAACCUCUAAAGGUUUUCUGCCGAAGCCAAUCAAAAGAAGGUCUAGAGCUUCUAAGAAGACACCAACCACCCUCCUCAAUGCCAGCACUGCCAAUUUUAGAGCCUUGGUGCAGCAAUUCACUGGCUGUCCUAGUAUUUCGGUUGGGGGCCAGAAGGGUCCAAUCAACUUGAAUUUUGGACUCGGGAGUGCACAAAAUCAUAGCUAUGCGCCUGCAGAAAUGCCUCCGUUUGACAACGGUUAUUAUCAUACACAAGCUCAGAUGCAACAACGACAACAGCCGAGGCAAAAUGUACAUCAACUGCACCGGGACCAAGGAUUACUUGAUAAUCUUCCUAAUAGUAAUGCUUAUUUCUCAGUGUCUAAUGACCUUGGACCUAAUUUAGAUAUGCUAGCUGAUGAUGGGCUUUUGGAUAUGGACGAUAUUGCUUUGCAAGAGCUUGCUAAGGAGUCUUUCUCCCACGAAACUAUGGAUAAUAUUGAUUGCUUUUAG